AUGUCUUCGCCAACGUGGUAUCCGACAGACUUAUCAUCGUUGUUAUUCGACAGUGAUCGGUAUCGCCGUAGUGUAAGCGAGCAGAGACAUACUAUAACAACGCAUGAAUAUCAUAGUUAUUCGCGAACAGAAUCACCGUGUGAAUUACGAAAUUAUUGUGAAUAUUGUCCGUGUAUAAAUUGUCGCCGUUUCCGUCAACCGUUUUAUCGACAUCGAAUGAGUCGAAGAGAGACACGCAGCUAUACGCCGAGAGGUCAUCAAGAGUACUAUUCGAGUGCUCAUUCUAUUCGAGAUGAAUUAGCACGAAAUAGUCCGACAGGUUUCGAAUUGUACGUUCAUCAACAUUCACAAGCUCCACAAUCGCCUUAUCAGCAGCAACGACAACAACAACAGCCCUACCAACCUCAUCAUUUUCACGACACGAGUCCAUAUGAUCAACAACGACCUACACGUUCAUUACAGAUUAAUCGACGUAGUACACGUGAAGUUCAACCAGGCGAUCAAGCCGUACCAAAUACUGCAAACUCUAGUCGACAAGACGAGGCUGUCAUUAAGCGAAGAUACGCCUUCGCUGACAUUCUCGAAAGCGAACGUUCAUAUGUUGCUGAUCUUCAACGUAUUAUUGAAAUUUAUCUCUAUGAUUUAACUCGUCAAGAAUGUCCGUGGUUCGUCAAAGAAAAAAAAGAUCUUCUUUUCAGCAACAUUGAAGACAUAUUCGCAUUCCAUAAAGUAUUAUUCUUAAAUGACUUAACUAAUGCUAUUGAACAUGAUCCAAAGGAAUUGGCUUAUGUCUUUUUACGUCGACGAGAUCAAUUUUUAAAUCUUUAUUCUCAGUAUAUGUACGAUCGAACACGAUCUGAACAUGUACUACAAAGCAAUCCAAAUAUUCAACGUUAUUUCGAUGAUUUAAGACAACGAUUAGGUACUCAAACAAGUGACUUAUCACUUAACAAUCUACUUAAUCGUCCCAUUCAACGACUUGAAAAAUAUAAGACUAUUUUACAAGAAAUGAUUAAAUAUACGAAUCGUAUGCGUGAAGAUAGUUCAGCAUUUCAGCAGGCUUAUACAAUGAUAAGCAAUGUUAUGAACGAAGCACGUCAACGUGAUGCAACAGAAUUGAUUGAUAAUCUACCGUUUAGUGCCGAUGAAUUAGGAGAAUUGAAACGACAUGAUGUAGUGUUGAUUAAAACAACAGAUUAUGAUGGAGAUUCGAUUAAUGAAACAGGAACGCGACUACGCGAAAGAUUUCUUUAUCUAUAUCGACAGAAAGUUGUGGUUUGCCGACGAAAACGUGUUGAUAGUCGUUUGGAAGCAAGAUCUUUAGCAUUUAAACAAGCGUAUAAUACGAAUGAAAUCACUUUUAUUCAAGAGAAUUUUCCUGAUGAUGAUAAAAAAUUCGAAAUUACAUUUAAUGACCAUGACCGUGUUACAUUUUUCGCUCGAAAUGCUUUUUCAAAAAUGUCUCUAGUGCGAUCAUUGAGAGAUAAUCUCAAAGCUCUUGGUUUUGUCGAAGAAAUUGAAAUGAUCGAAACACCCGAACCAGAAGAUGAAGCAAGACCAAAACGUCCCGCCUCGAAGAAACGCACCAUGGAGGUUUCUGAAUCAGCGACUAUGGAACAACAGAAACGUGGUCGGUCAUCAGGACACACAACAACGUCGGGUACAUCGGACUUUUAUUCAGUUGGAAGUGAAAGCGAAUCAAGUUAUCAAACCGCUGGAGAAAAUGAUGAUUUUAAGCCGAAAUUUUUGAAAAAAUUAAACGAUACUUUAGCCACAGAGGGCGAUUUCGUGACAUUAGAAUGUAUUGUUGUUAGUACAACACCUGUGCAUGGAACUUGGUUUAAAAAUAAUAUUCCAUUGCAAGAUAGUGCGGAUUGUCGACAGAUUCAAGAAGAUAAACUUUUCAAAUUAAUUGUUAAAGAAGCUUUUGCCGAAGACGGAGGAGUUUAUUCAAUUAAAAUUUCCAAUCAUGCCGGAACAGUCUCUUGUAGUUGUAAAUUAUUCGUACGAGAAGAAAUGAGCGACGAACGAACUUUACGUGAAGAUUUAGUUAUUCGCGAAAGUUCAUCACCCGAAGCUAAACGAGAAGCGACUGAUAAUGAAGAAGAAUUACGUAUUACCGAAUUGACAUAUGAUCAGGGUGGGGCGUAUAAGGUCACACCACAUGUGGGACGUGCACCCAUAUUUCUCCAAUCACUUAUGCCAGUUAUUUCUAAGGCAGGUGAUAUUGUUACGUUGAAAUGUACUGUUACAGCAACACCAAUGCCAGCUGCUACAUGGUAUAAAAAUGGACAGGAAAUUCACGCUGGUGGACGUUGUUCGAUGUUUAAUGAUCAGAAUGGAAAUUUUUCAUUGGUUUUAUCUGAUGCGUUGCCACAAGAUUCAGGUUCAUAUGAAAUAACAGUGAAAAAUCAAUAUGGAACAGCGAAUUCGAAAACGAAUUUACAAAUUCUCGAACGCGAAAGUGUUUUCAUUCCUGUUCCUGUCACUCGUUUUUCCACUGAAGAAUACGGAACAGCGAAAUUAGCAUGUGCAGUUAAACGUACUGAUGUCAAUGUCGAUUGGUAUCGAGGUGAACAAGCGUUAUUUACUGGAUCACAAGCUGAAAAUCAUAAAUAUAAACGCAUUGACGAUGGUUUACAACGAGAAUUAAUCGUCAAAAAUGUUUCACCUGAUGAUCAAGGAGAUUAUGUUUGUCAAGCAGACAAAUAUCGAGUCACUCUUCAUCUUAAUGUUCAAGGACCCGCUGCUGAUUUUGUUCGUCCAUUGGAGAAUCUUGAAGUAACAGAAAAUAACGAAGCUGUUUUCGAAUGUCAAUUAUCGAAAGACGAUAGUCAUGUUGAAUGGUGGUUUCGUGGCACACCCAUUGUUCCAUCUCAUCAUCAUCUUAUUGCCUCACGUGGUGUUAUUCAUCAAUUAAUCAUCCCAAAAGUUGCCAUGAAUGAUGAAGGAGAAUAUUCUGUACGUGUUGAUAACAAAAAUACUUCGACUGCUCAAUUAUUUGUUAAAGAACAACCGAUCAUUUUCCGUCGUCCUCUACGUUCACAAAUCGUCGAAGAAAGUUCGAGUACUAUCUCAAACAGUGCAGUAUUCGAAUGCGAAUUGAACAAACCGUUAAAACAAAUGUUAUGGUUUAAAUCCAAUGUUCAACAUCUUGCACCGUCGGAUAAAUAUCAUAUUGAAUCGUUUGCCAAUGGUCUCAUUCAUCGAUUAACCAUUCGAAAUGUAACUUUACGUGACGAUGGCGAAUAUACGGCAUCGACUGGACUGAAUACAUCACAAGCACGAUUGACUGUUGAACCGUUAAUGCCAAUAUUCGUUGUUCCUUUAAUGGAUGCACGAGCAAAUACAAGAGAAACUGUAAAAUUGUCGUGUGAGACGAGUAAUCCUUGUCAAGUUGUUUGGAUGCAUCGAGGAAAGAAGAUUAUCGAGAAUAGUUAUAAAUAUACGAUAGGAAGUUUUAAUAAUUCGACUUUACAUACCCUUGAUAUUGAAAAUUUGGAACUACGGGAUCAAGGUGAAGUCCUUUGUUCCAUCGCACAACAUCCAACGAUAUCAACAGUUUGCCAUUUACUUAUUGAAGAUGCUCAACAACAAUCGGCUUUUCAAUCGCCAUUGAAACCAUUUAUGGAAGUUGUUCGUGGUCAAGAUGCCAUUCUCAAUUGUGAAACAUACGAUUCGACAUAUUUUCAAUGGCUUAAAGAUGGUACAACAUUAAUGGCCACAAGUAACAAAUUUCGCACACUCGGUGAUGAUAAACAUUCAACAUUAAUUGUUAAACAAUUCAGUGAAUAUGAUGAAGGAGUCUACACAUGUGUUACUCGAGAAGGUCAAUCAACUUCAACUACUCUUCGAACGAUGAUUUCACGUGAACGAACACCACGUAGUGAAGAACGUUUUGGUUCGUACAUGAAAAUCGAUUCGCCACGAUCGAGUCGAACUCCUGAACUAGGUGGUUAUCGUUCAAGUAUGAGUCCAACAACUAGUCGAUAUGUUCCAUCAUUAGCCGGUGAAAAUGAACGACAACAAUCGCCGCGUGUCGAAGAAACACGUCGAACAAAGAAGAUAACAAUACAAGAAACAAGUGAACAACGUUUACCAUCCACAGCAACGAAAACGAGUACAGCGACAUUUCGUCCAAGUACAAGUCCAAGUCCACAACGUGAAUAUAUUCGUAGUGGUUAUUCGUCAGGUACAAGUCCUGAACGAGAACGUCUUUCUAUGCCACGUCAUUUUUCUCCAACGACAACGUAUAAAGCAUCGAAUCAAUUACAAGAUUUCGGUCAUUAUAUCGAUCGAAGUUCAAAAUCGCCAUCGCCAUCGCCAACAAGAAAGACAAAUAUGACAUUUACAAAUAUAACGCCAACAACGAAAAUGCCGCCGGUUUAUGAAGAACAGGAUGAACAUCAUCGACAUCGAUCAUCUGUAACAUUUUCUCCAAGUCGAUCACCAGCGAGACAAUCUGUUGAACGACGAGUUGUUGAAAUGCAAAUACCAAUGAGUCCGUCAGCCACACAUCGCGAGUUAAAACAUGCUCCAUUCCGAGAAGAAUCGAUUCCGGAAGAACGAAUUCAAUUUCUCGAUAGUGAACAGUACGAUAAACAAACGCCAAUCUUUCAUCGAGAAGAACCUUAUGGUCUAAACACUUCACGUAUUCAAGUAACAGAAACAAUCCCAAUGAUACACAUAACUCAACCGUUGAUUGAUACACGUGUCGAACAAGGCAAGCCUUUACGAUUGGUUGUGGAAACUUCUCAACCAUCGAGUGAAGCCGUUUGGUUUAAAACCGAUAUUUAUUCAUCUGCACCAAAUCAAGCGAGAAAACUCGAUGAAAGUGGAAAAUAUCAUAUGAUCACUCAAGGAACACGACACAUUCUGAUAAUUCCGAAUGCGACAGCAGAAGAUAAUGGAGAAUAUAUUUGUCGAAUUCAAAAUGCUAUGACACGUGCACAGGUACAAGUCACCAACGAAGAUUUACAAUUCAUUCGACGUUUACCACAAUCGAUUGAUGUGAUCGGUGGACGAGAUAUUCUCAUCGAGUGUGAAAUGAAUAAAAUGGAUACACAAGCAAUCUGGAAAAAGGAUAAUGAAGUUAUUCGAUUUCCACAGAAAUUUCUUCCAAUUUCGGAAAACAAAAAACAUCGAUUGAUAAUCAAAGAUGCCAGUCCGGAAGAUUCGGGCCUUUACACAGUCAUUGUCAAUGAUCUCGAAUCAACGACAUAUGUAAAUGUCACACCGGAGCCAUUAUUAAUCUUGAAACCACUACAAGAUCAACGUGUUCAUUCAGGUGAAACAGUCACAUUCACAUGUGUUUGCUCGAAGGCACCGAAAAGUGUUCAAUGGUAUUUGAAUGGUUAUCCACUACCCACAAAUGAACGUUAUCAAACGAAAUUAGUUGAUCGAGACAUUCAAUUAACGAUUAUCAACGUUCAAGAAACGGAUAUUGGAACAAUCACAUGUUGUUUAAACAAUACAAUUACAACAGCAAAUUUAACAUUGGAUGAUAAUGAUAAAACAUUGAAAUUCAUUAAAUUAUUAGAAAACGAUGACACAGGAAAUCUUCAAGUUGACUCGCCAUUUAUGUUGGAAUGUCGAACAAAUCGACCAACAUAUCAAAUACGAUGGUUUAAAGAUAAUCGAGAAAUCAGUCAAUAUGAUCAAAUUAUGAAGACCAUAUCCGAUGGUUGUACACAUGUUCUUCAAGUCUCACGUGCUCAACUCGAACACACGGGACAAUACCGAUGUGUCGUAGCAGAUCGUCUCGAAACCACAUGUCACAUAACAAUCCGUGAACCAGAAUACCGUUUUGUUCAACCAUUACCAUCGAACAUUCAAUUUUCACCUUUAACUGACACUUCAUUAACACUUGAUGCUACAUUAAAUCGUAAACCAACACGCGUUCAAUGGUAUAAGAACGGUAUAGAGAUUUAUCCAUCGCGAAAGUAUGAAUUAGCAAAUGAACAUCACGUCGUUGCGUUAAUCAUUCAUGAUUUAUCAUCGGAUGAUCAAGGUUUAUAUCGAUGCAAUAUCGGCAAUAAUCAGACAACAAGUGAAUGCCAAGUAUCGAUGAAUUUGAUGAGUGAAAAUGAUCAACGACUGAUUAAACCAUUAGAAGAUCAAAAUAUUUACGUUCAUGACACAUGUACAUUGACUGUACAGUUCCAAGGUGAUGCACCAGAUGUGAAAUGGUAUAAAAAUGGACAGGAAAUCCAAGCGAGUAAGAAAUAUCGUUUGAUGCAUCAUGGAAAUGGACAAACAUUAGUCAUUGAUGAUUGUCAAUUAACACAUGAUCAAGCUUAUUACAGUUUACGACUUGCGAGCAAUCCGAAAAUUGAUUUGACAUCCUGUUAUGUUCAAGUCAAAGAUAAAUUUGUUAAUAUUACGAAACAUUUGGAACCACAGCGAUGUAUUCUUGGACAGGAACAACAGGUUCAAUUCGAUUGUGAAACAACUCCAACUGAUAAAAAACCCAUUUGGUACUUCAAUAAUCGUCAAAUCGACAAUUCCGCUAAAUACGAAUUAAUAUCUACGGAUAAUACUCAUCAUUUGUUAUUCAUUCAUCAACCUGAACUAUCCGAUCAAGGUCAAUACACUGUCGCAUUUCCUGAAAGUGAUCAAUCUUCAACUGCGAAUCUUCAAGUUUUACAAACACCAUCGACUUUGGAAUUCAUUCAACCACUCGACGAAGUUUUCCUUUGCGAAGAAGGCGAGAGUUUCGUUCUUGUCACACGCACAAACAAACCGACAAACGUCAGCUGGAUGAAAAAUGGGUAUAAACUAUCGUUGAAACCUCGAUUGGACUCUCUUCCUACCAGCGAACAUCGUUUAUCUAUUGAAAAAGCACAAAAACUCGAUCACGAAGGCAUUUACACAUGUAUCAUCGAUGCAAAUAAUGUCGCCACACAAUGUCAAGUGAAAAUUCUUGAACGAGAACUACAAUUAAUUCAACCAUUACCAAAACAAAUACGUUUAAAUGAACAAGAUACAUUAACAUUGAUCUGCGAAACGAAUCGCAAACCGAAAAAAGUCCAAUGGUUUAAAGAUCAAUCGAAUAUUCCACUUGAAACAACGAAUUCUCUGAUGAUUAUCAAUGCCGACGAGACAUGCACAUUGAUCAUCAACCACGCGAAUAAAUUCGAUUCAGGAACAUAUACGUGUCGAUUAGAAGAUCGAUUAGUCACUAUUUCGGAUGUGAAAGUUCAAGAAUCAUCUGCACAAUUUGUUGACGGACCACAAUCUUAUCUUGUUUGGAAACGAAAAGAAGAUGGACCUGUUGCAACAAUUAGUUGUACAUUGAAUAAACCGAAUAUUUCCGUUAAAUGGUUUCGAGAGAAUCAAGAAAUUCAACCGAUUUACAAUGAUAAAUAUGAGUUUAUCACCGAAGGUUCAAUUCAAUGUUUAUUAAUACAUGAUGUUCAAAAAGAAGAUUCUGGUAAAUAUGUCAUUUCAUUAGGACCGGUCUACCGUGCUUGUCAUCUCGAAGUUAUCGAUGAUACGGGAAUGUCGACUGAUGACGAAGCGUCCGACCGACUUCUCCAACCGAUCUCUUCACUUCAACGUCAAGAAAUUCUCGAAGGAGAUUCGUUAACCAUUGAAGUCUCUCCGGACAUUCAAAUUCAUUCGCCGAAUCAAAUUCGUUUGCUGAAAAAUAAUCGACCGGUAACCGAUUUUUCCCACGUAAAAUUAGAACGCGAUAAUUCCAUCCCGAAUUCGAAUCGCUGGGUGAUUCAUUUGUUCGAUGUCGAUCUCACCGAUUCAGGAGUUUAUUCGAUUGAAAUAAACAAUCAACCACGACAAGACCUUUUGGAUUUAUUCGUGAAGAAACGACCGAUUCAAAGACAAUUGAUCACUUUACCAAAAGAUGAAUUUUAUUUACACGAAACGAUUACAUUGGAAUGUAAAUUCGAACGACCGAUUAAAACGAAAAAAUUACAACCAACUUGGUUUAAAAAUGGUAGACCACUUCAAUCAUCCAAUCGACAUUUGAUUAACAUUGAAAGUCAAAUGAAGGAUGGACCAACAAAAUAUUCUCUAACAGUCAAAAAUGUCGAUUUCACCGAUGAAGGUAUCUACGAAUUACGUAGUGAUUAUCUCAUUGUUGAAACUCCAUUGAUUCGUAUCAUCGAACGACCAGUUCAACCAACUCCUGUUCGCACAGUAACUGCAGGAGAUAGUCUUCAAAUCGAUGUGAAUAUUGAUCAGCCCAACUCUCCAGAUAAUCUCCUCGAUCAAAUCACCGUUCUUAAAGAUAAUCGUCCGAUCAUCAACAAACCGGAAAUUCACAAAUGGUUCGAUGGAAAUCAAUUCAAAUUAGAACUGCGAAAUCUUGCAUUGAAUGAUCGUGGUCUCUACGAAAUCGAUAUUCAAGGACAACGCACACCGAUCUGCUUACUCGAUGUGAAAGAACGUCAACCCGAAGUAUUUCUUCUCGAAUUAGAUCGAGAUACAUUCGACGAAGGAGAAACAAUUCGUUUGUCAUGUACAUUUCCUCAACGUCCAGGUCCAACUUCGAAUUGGUUUAAGGACAAUCAACUAGUUCGCUCAAAUGAAAACAUUCAAUUGAUUGAUGAGAAUAACACGUUAACGAUUAUUAUUCGCAAUGCUAAACGUUCUGAUUCGGGUGUUUAUGAAGUUCGAAUCGGAUCGAUCAUUGCACGUGCACCAAUGAUACAUGUUGUGCCCAAACAACAACAACCGGAUGUUCCAAUUCAAAAUGUUCGAGAAGGAGAUACAGUGACUCUAUCAGUCGAAGGUCUACAAGCGAAUAUCCGACCACAAGAUAUUCAUUUGUUGAAAAAUGGAAGACCAAUCAUGCCGAUGGAAAAGCCCAAAGUUUCGAUUAAACGUGAAGAUGAUAAACUUCGAAUUGUCCUACAAACAUUGGCUCUCGAUGAUUCAGCUCUGUAUAGUGUACAGAUUCAAAAUGAUGUUCAUCCAUUGGCACAGAUUGAAGUUGAACAGCGUCAACCGGAGAUUCAAGAAAUGCAAUUAGAACAAGAUACUUUCUUUAUCGGCGAUACAGUUACACUGGAUUUAGAAUUUACGAAUGAACCAAUUGAACAACCACGUUGGUCAAAGGAUAACCGAAUUCUAAGAAACAAUGAUCGAAUUUCCAUUGAAACUGUCGGAAAUCGAGUUACCUUAAUCGUCAAAGAUUUACGAUUAGACGACGCAGGUAUCUAUGAAGUCCAAAGCGGACCCUUAAUCGUCCGUACUCCAUUCAUCAAUGUUAUCGAACGUCCACAAGAUGUAACCGAAAUUGUUGAUGAAACCGUGACCUACACAAUCACACCAAAUCCACCAGUUGACACCAAAGUAUGCACAAUCAAAGAAGGCGACAGUGUCACAUUGAAAAUUGCCUCUCCGACUCCAUUGACCGUUCACGAUGUUCAAUUAUUCAAAAAUAAUCAACCAAUUCCAAUGGAUAGUGAAACACGUAAACAUCUCCAAAUCGAACAAUACGGACCGAAAGACGUUCGUUUGAGCAUCACCGAUGCACGUUUGAACGAUACAGGAGAUUACAGUGCAUUGAUCAAUGGUCAAUUUCAACCAAUAAUAGCACUGAAUGUUCAACCACGUGAAAUGCAAAUUCAAAUGAUCGAUCUGCCUCAAGAUACUUUCAAUGAAAGCGAAACAUUGAAAAUCGAUUGUCAAUUUCCUCAAGGAAAUCUCAAUCAAGAUUACAAAUGGUACAAGGACAAUCAAUUAUUAACCCCAAACAAUCGUGUCGAAAUUCGCAAAGAUGCUUUCAAUGAUUCAUUAGUUAUCCACAACUUAAACUUAUCCGACGCUGGUGUCUAUGAACUCAAAAAUGCGAAUACAAUUUUACGAACACCACCAAUCAAGAUUCUUCCAUUGCAACACGUUCGACCACAAGUUGGCUCGAAACUUGUACACGAAGGUGAUACAGUGACAUUUGAAUUAACCCCGAACUAUGAUGUUCCAUUGAAUAAAAUCGAAUUGUAUCACGAAGAAAAUCCAAUAACACAUGAACCGUUUGUUCAUAUGAAAAAAGAUUAUAAGUCUAAUGCGAUCACAGUUCAACUAGAAGAUAUUAAACUCACCGAUCAAGGUUUAUUCACUGCGGUUGUUCAAGGACAGUCUGUUCCAUUAGCUGAAUUAAUCGUCGAACCUCGUCCGGUUGUUAUACAGAAUAUGGAUUUACCAAAAGACGUUUUCUAUACAAAUGAACGUCUCGAACUCGAAUGCGAAUUUCCACAAAUUCCAAAAGGUGAACAACCACAAUGGUAUCGAAACAAUCAAUUAUUACACUCGACACCCAAUCUUCAUAUUGUUCAAGAAAAUAACGGACGAAAACAUUUGUUGAUCAUUGAACAUUUACACCCAGAUGAUACAGGUCAAUAUGAAUUACGUGUGAAGGGUUUAAUUGUUCGAACACCAUUGAUACGAGUUAUCGAAAGAGAAGAACAACAAACACCGUAUUAUGUAACCGAAGUUGACGAUCAACUGGACAAAUCUCGACAACGACGAUCAAGUCAAGUUAUUAUCGAAGAUAUCACCGAUCAGCAGAAUAUUUCAUAUCAAGCAAAUAUCUACGAAGAUACUCAACAUGUGCGCCAAGGUGAUUCCGUUCACUUGAAAGUUAUCAGUACUCUCGAUGUUAAACCCAAUCAAGUUCAUUUGAUUCAUAAUGGUUUUCCUAUUGACACACAUAAACGUCCAUCAAUAACCGUCGAUCGUGUUUCACCGGGUACCUACGGAAUUUCUCUACUCGACGUUCAAGUUCCUGACUCCGGUCGAUAUGAAUAUCAUAUUGAAGGUGCACCAGUACCUAAGCAUUUAGUAACAAUGUACGUCGAACCACGACAAGUUAAACAGAAAGUUCUUCAUCUUCCUCAGACAACAUUCAAUGUCGGCGAAUCGAUCUUAUUCAAAGUUGAUUUCGAUGAACAAGAUAAUCUGAAUGAAACACCGAAAUGGUAUCGAAAUGAAAUGUUAAUUCCAAUUGGUUCAAACCAACGACAAAAACAAACGAUAGAUUUGUACAAUCGCACACAUACGUUUGAAAUUUACAAUUUACAACCAGAAGAUAGUGGAUCGUAUGAAAUGCGUACUUCACAAUUAGUCGUUAAAACACCGGAGAUCAAAGUCAUACCGAAAGCAAUUGUUGAAGAAGUUGUUCAAGAACCGAUCACUCGGCAAUCAUCGAUCACAAUCGAUAUGAACAAACACAAAGAACAACCAGUAGAAAUGCAACCGAUCGAAGAAUUUCAACCUGUGGAAGAAAAUAUUCCUGUUCAUGAUGUCACUGAAGGCGAUAUGAUGCAUUUAACUGUUGAGAAACCAGCAAAUGUUCCAUUAUCAAAUAUCAAAAUCUUCAAAAAUUAUCAACCACUGCUUCCAUCAAAGAAUAUUCUCAUUCAAGCAACAUCACCAACAACGAUCGAUAUGAAAUUCUCGCCUGUCGAAUUAGUUGAUCAAGGUCACUAUUCCAUCAGUAUUCAAGAUCAAAUUCAACCAAUUAUGCAAUUGAAUGUUCAUGAGAAACCAGUUCAAAGACAAAUUAUGAAUCUUCCACAAGACACUUUCUUAGAAAAUGAAACAUUGACAAUUGAAUGUAAAUUCGAUGUGAAACCGGAUAUUCCAUUUGUUUGGACAAAAGAUGGAUCGUAUUUGAUGAAUGACUCACGAAUUAGUAUUAAACAGAAAAACGAAACAUUUACAUUGAUCAUUAAAGAUUUACAAUUAGCUGAUCAAGGUGUUUAUUCAUUAGAAAGUAAAUAUUUGAUCUUGGACACACCGUUUAUCACCGUUCUACCAAAACCAGAACAACCAACGAUUGAAAUUGAACACGAAGAAACGACAAUUACGAUACAACCAAAUGUAUCUGUGACCAAUACGGAUGAGCAAAUCGAAGAGAUUGUGAUAACACAGCAACCUGCUGAACCAAUUCAAGCGCCUACAGCGAAAGUUCAAACUGAUGAGACGAUAACGACAACAACCAAUGUCGAAGAACAACAACAACCAACAUUUCAAGCAAGUUCAUCAGCAACGCAACCUGAGGAGACUAUCUCAACAACAACUGAAGUGGAACAACAACCGGCAUUACAAGUGACAGCUGAUGCAUCGUCAACACAACCAAAAGUAGAGGAACAAUCGUCUAAAACUACCGUGAUCGAAUCCGUUCGUGAAAAGCCGCAAACGACUACGCAAACUGUAAUCGAAGAGGAAACCAUUCUUGAGGAAAAGCCACAUCAGGCCACGAAACCUCAAGAGACUGUUGUAGAGAAACCAAAAGCACCUACAACUGAUACGAUAGUUACGACUGUUGAAGAAGUUUUAAUUGAGAAGCUGAAACGACCAACUACGACAAUUGAAGAAGUUAUUGUAAAACAACAAACACCAAUUCCAACUAAAUCUGAAAGUACCGAUACAAUCGAAGAAGAAGAAACAAUCGUGACACAGAAUUUUCCUCAGAUGCAAUAUGACGCUCCUAAAGAAUCAACUGUCAAAACAGAGAAAACGAUUUCUGCUGAACAACCAAAAGUAGAGUAUCACGUUCACGAAGAGAUUGUACCGACACCUGAAACUGGUGCCACCGUGACAGAAACUGUCACUACUACCACUACCACUACCAUAGAUCAAGCUAUAAAUCAUCCAACUAAACCUUCGGAAACAAAGCCCAUUAUUGAAGAAGUGACGACCACAGAGAAAGUCUCGAUCGAAAAACCGAAACCAUCCGUUGCUAUAAUCGAAGAGAUGACGACUAAUGAAGAAUUCAUUGAGCAAAAGAAAGCUACUGAUCUCAAGCAACCAUCCGUAACGACUUCUGUUGAAGAGACACGUGUUAUUGAACAGAAGCCAACAGUGACUGUCAUGGAAGAAAGUAAAACCGAAACAAAACCACAAACUGUCGAAUCAAUCAUAACAACUAAAGAAAUUGCCGUUGGGCAACCAGAACAACCAACUGUUGCCACGAAAGCAACUGUCGAAGAUAUCACCACUACAAUUGAACAAAAACCCGCUAUUGAGGAAAAGGCACCCGCACCAAAAACAGUAGAGAGAAGUGAGAUAAUCCAAGAACAGCUUACUGUCACUGAGCAACCCAUCGUUACAACCGGAUUGGAAACAAAGCCUGACAUUCGUACAGCUAUUACAACCGCUGAAGUAGUUCUGGCAGAACAACCUACAGCAACUAUAGAAGAAGUCACGACCACAGAAGAGCAGAUCAUCAACCGUCCUCAAGAAAAUAGCACGAUUGAAGAGCAGUAUACUAUAACGCAGCAACAGACCCCCAAACAACAAGUCGAAACUAAACCUGAAACAGCAACAACAACUACUACAACUAUCACGGAAGAAGUUACUGUUGAACAGCCAAAACAACCUUCGGCAACUAUCGAAGAGGUCACAACUACCGAAGAAGUUAUCGAGCGCCGACAUGGCGUACCCUCUACUGUCGAGGAAAUCGUCACGGCUGAGAAACCUACUGAAAAAGUUACGACUACAGUCGAAGAACAACGUAUCACUGAGCAGAACGCUCCGGUAAAGACAAUCGAACAAACUGAAACUAUAGAAGAAGAGGUUACUACUGCUGAACAACCAAAAGUAGAACAGACUGUCACAAGAGAAAUCGAAACUAAACCUGAAACAGCAAAAACAACUACUACUACUGUCACUGAAGAAGUUACUGUUGAACAGCCAAAACAACCUACAGCAACUAUCGAAGAGGUCACAACUACCGAAGAAGUUAUCGAGCGCCGACAUGACGUACCCUCUACUGUUGAGAAAAUCGUCACGGCUGAGAAACCUACUGAAAAAGUUACGACUACAGUCGAAGAACAACGUAUCACUGAGCAGAACGCUCCGGUAAAGACAAUCGAACAAACUGAAACUAUAGAAGAAGAGGUUACUACUGGUGAACAACCAAAAGUAGAACAGACUGUCGCAGGAGAAAUCGAAACCAAACCUGAAACAGCAAAAACAACUACUACUACUGUCAUUGAAGAAAUUACUGUUGAACAGCCAAAACGACCUACAGCAACUGUCGAAGAAAUCAUCAAACGUCCUCAGGAAAUACCCUCUACUGUUGAGGAGAUCAUAACGGUUGAAAAACCUACUGAAAAAGUUACGAGUACAGUAGAAGAACAACGUAUCACUGAACAAAGCGCUCCGGUAAAGACAAUCGAACAAACUAAAACUGUAGAAGAAGAGGUUACCACUGCUAAGCAACGAAAAGCAGAACAGACUGUUACAGGAGAAAUCCAAACUAAACCUGAAACAGCAAUGACAACUACUACUACUGUCACUGAAGAAAUUACCGUUGAACAACCAAAAGUAACCGGCGAAGAAAGUAUUGUGCGUCCUCAGGAAAAACCUUCUCUGGUUCAAGAAGUUACUAUGACUGAAGAAGAACGCAUAAUUGUAGAAGAGCAAUUUAUGGCUGCUGAACAGGCAAAAGUAGAGCAAGCGAAUAUCACAAAAGAAAUCGAAACCAAACCUGAAAUCACUAAUACUACUACAACUAGAGAAGAAAUGGUACUGGAACAACCGAAACAACCAAUCGCAAGCAUAGAAGAAGCUACUACCACGGAAGAGAUUGUUGAGCGACCACGAGAAAUAACUUCUGUUGUGAAAGAAGUCGCAACGAAUGAGAAACCUAAAGAAAAACCUGUGGCAAUCGUGGAAGCGAAUGAACUUGCCGAAGAGCAGGAUACUGUUGUUGAGCAACCAAAUCUCCAAGAAGUCGAAACGAAACCUCAAGUAAGCACGAGAAGAAUCGUAACUGAAGAAAUUGUCGAGCAUCCACAUGAAAUACCCUCUACGAUUGAGGGAAUCGCAAAGUUUGAAAAGCCGACCGAAAAAGUUAUGACUACAAUAAAAGAAGAGUUAACCGUCGCGCAACAACCAACUGUGAAACAAACUAUCACGGACGAAUUUGCCGUUGAACAACCGAAGAUAGCUACCGAAGAAAUUGCGGAGCAUCCUCAGGAAAAACCGUCUGUUGUUGAGAAAGUCUUUACAACUGAAGAGGAACAUGUUAUUGAGCAAAAAAUACCCGUGGCCACAAUUGAAGCAAGUAAAGCAGUGCAAGAACAAUCUAUCCCUAUCGAGCAACCAGAAAUGAAACAAACUGUCACAAAAGAAAUCGAAACUCGAUCUGAAACAAUGACCACAGGCGCAAAAGAAAUUUUAGCUGAACAACCAACUGUUACGCAAACUGUCACGGAAGAGGUCGUUGUUGAGAAGCCGAAACAACCUACGGCAACUAUCGAAGAGCUCACCACCACAGAAGAAGUUAUCGAGCGCCGACAUGACGUACCCUCUACUGUUGAGGAGAUCAUGACGGUUGAGAAACCUACUGAAAAAGUUACGACUACAGUCGAAGAACAACGUAUUACUGAGCAGAAUGCUCCGGUAAAGACAAUCGAACAAAUUGAAACUGUAGAAGAAGAGGUUACUACUACUGAACAGCAAAAAGCAGAACAGACUGUCGCAGGAGAAAUCGAAACUAAACCCGAAACAACAACAACAACUACGACUACUGUCACUGAAGAAGUUGUUGCUGAGCAACCGAAACAACCUACGGCAACUAUCGAAGAGGUCACAACUACCGAAGAAGUUAUCGAGCGCCGACAUGAGAUACACUCUACCGUUGAGAAAAUCAUCACGGCUGAGAAACCUACAGAAAAAGUUACGACUACAGUCGAAGAACAACGUAUCACUGAGCAGAAUGCUCCGCUAAAGACAAUCGAAGAAACUGAAACUAUAGAAGAAGAGGUUACCACUACUGAACAACCAAAAACAGAACAGACUGUUACAGAACAAGUCGAAACUAAACCUGAGACAGCAACAACAACUACUACUGUCACUGAAGAAGUUGUUGCUGAGCAACCGAAACAACCUACAGCAACUAUCGAAGAGCUCACCACCACAGAAGAAAUUAUCGAGCGCCCACAUGAAGUACCCUCUACUAUUGAGGAGAUCAUGACGGUUGAGAAACCUACUGAAAAAGUUACGACUACAGUCGAAGAACAACGUAUCACUGAGCAGAACGCUCCAGUGAAGGCAAUCGAAGAAACUGAAACUAUAGAAGAAGAGGUUACCACUGCUGAACAGCCAAAAGUAGAACAGACUCUUACAGGAGAAAUCGAAACUAAACCUGAAACAGCAACAAACACUACUACAACUAUCACGGAAGAGUUCGUUGUUGAGCAACCAAAACAGCCUACAGCAACUAUCGAAGAGCUCACCACCACAGAAGAAAUUAUCGAGCGCCGACAUGAGGUACCUUCUGCUGUUGAGAAAAUCGUCACAGCUGAGAAACCUACUGAAAAAGUUACCACUACAGUAGAAGAACAACGUAUUACUGAGAAGAAUGCUCCGGUAAAGACAAUCGAACAAAUUGAAACUGUAGAAGAAGAGGUUACCACUGCUGAACAGCCAAAAGUAGAACAGACUGUUACAGGAGAAAUCGAAACUAAACCUGAAACAGCAAAAACAACUGCUACAACCAUCACGGAAGAGAUCGUUGUUGAGCAACCAAAACAGCCUACAGCAACUAUUGAAGAUAUCACAACCACAGAAGAAGAAACCAUCAAGCGUCCUCAGGAAAAAUCUGUUAUAGUAAAAGAAAUCGCCACAGUGGAACAAGAGAUACCAGUGAGAACGGAAAGCGAAGAAGUUGCGUUUCAAAAGCCAAAGGAAACCAGCACAAAAACAGAAGAGAUUUUUGAGCGUAUUAUUGAACAGAAAACUCCAGUGGCAACUGUCGAAGAAAGUGAAACUGUAGAAAAGCAGUUUCAAGUCGCUGAGAAGCCGACUGUUACAGAAGAAAUCGAAAGUAAACCUAGAAAAAGUACAACUAUCACGACAAGUGAAGAAGUUACUAAGUUCGAAGAAGAACGUGAUACUGAGGAAACAGCACCCGUGACAACAACCGAAGAGAAUGUAACUGUGGAACAAAUUAUCAGAAGAGAAGUUGAAAGUAAACCGGAAACAAGCACAACUACAGAGAAAAUCACUGAAGAACAGUCCAUUAGUCGGGAUGAAAUUACCUCGACCACGGAAAAAGUUGAAGAGAGCAAACCUCAAAAAGAAGCAGUCACUACAAUUGAUGAGGAGAGUAUGGUUGAAGAACAAGCGCCAAUUAUAAGAAAGGAAGAAAUCCAAUUUCUAGAACAAACACCUGGUCGAAAGGCGAUUGUCGAGGAGGCUCAACCAUUCCCCGAUAGUACUUCUAUAGAAGAAGUAACCACUGUUGAGUCGUUCGAAGAACGUCCUAAAGAAGGAACGAAACCUACAAGUACUAUUGAAGAAACAUUAACUACGGAAGAACUUGUAGAAGAAAAACCGAUCCAGGAGAUAACAACUAAGAUUCCAAAAGCAGAAAUCCAACAAACAGCCACUGAACAAAACGUUAUAACAAAUGAAACAAUCCCAAUUGUUGCGGAGGAUUCAGUGGAAGAAAUUCGAGCACCUAGUAAAACAACAUCAUUGAUUGAAGAAGUGACAACAGUUGAAGAAAUUCUAGAAGAAAAACCAAAACCAUCAACGGUAAUUAUCGAAGAAGUGACUACAACAGAAGAUAUCACUGAAGAAGAAACAACGCCACGUAUAGAAGAAGUAGUAGAAGAAGAAAUAACAGAACCGAUUACCGAAGAAACAAGAAAACCGACUGAAAAACUACAAUCGAAAGUUGAAGAAUCACUCGUUCAAAACGAAACACUCAAUUUCGAAGAAGAGAAACAAACACAACCGAACGUCGCACCUGUCAAACGAGUUGAUGAAAACAGUAAUAUCACAUUGAAAGUUGAAACACCAACCAGUAAAAACAUCGUUAUCCUAAAAGACGGUGUUCACGUAACUGAAUCUGAUCAUAUACAUAUCAAACCUCUUUCAUCAACUGUAACGCAAAUUGAAAUCGUCAAGGCUAAACCGGAAGACGAAGGAGAAUAUACGAUUGUUGUUGAUGAACAAGAACAACCUCUCAUAAAACUCGAGGUUACACCUAAACCAGUCAUUCGACAAGAAAUGCAAUUACCAAAGACUAAGUUCAAUGAAAAAGAGACUUUGACUAUUGUCUGUCAAUUCGAUGCUGCACCUGAAGAACCAUUCGUUUUUCUUCAUAACGAGCAACUCAUUGUUCCCGAUUCUCGUGUGACAACUACUAUCGAAGAUAAUAAAUAUACUAUAGUCGUCAAAGAUCUUCGUCCCGAAGAUGAAGGUGUUUAUACACUUAAAUCAGAUCAUUUGGUUCUCGAUACACCAACGAUAACUGUUGCAUCAGAAGAAAAGAAACCAGAGACUGAAAUAGCAACAACAACAGUCCAGCAAGAGCAAAAAGUCGUUACAGUCACACCCGAACAACAAGAAAAAACAGAAACUGUAAAAGUCGAGACAGCAAAAGUCGAUAUUGAUAUGCCGGUACACGAAGUUGAAGAAACUAGUACAGUCACUCUCACCAUUGAAAAACCACAAGAUACAACAACAAAGGAUGUUGUUCUACUCAAGAAUGGAGAAGAACUCAAACCAUCCGAUCAUGUCAAGAUCACAUCCAAAUCACCAACAACCACCGAAGUGCAAAUCGUCAAAGUCAAACCAGAAGAUGAAGGUGAUUAUACAGUUGAAGUCAAAGGUGUCGAGCAACCACUUGUUCGACUGAAAGUUCAUCCAAAACCAGUGAUUCGACAAGAGAUGCAAUUACCAAAGACACGAUUCAACGAAAAAGAAACCUUGACUAUCGUUUGUCAAUUCGAUGCGGUUCCUGAAGAACCCUUUGUGUUUCUUCACAAUGAUCAACCGAUUGUUCCUGAUUCACGUGUGACGACAUCAGAAGAAGGAAAGCUGUUUACCAUAGUUGUAAAAGAUCUUCGUCCGGAAGAUGAAGGUGUCUAUACACUGAAAUCAGAUCAUUUGAUUCUUGAUACGCCAACCAUUACAGUUGCAGCCGAAGAGAAGAAACCGGAAACAGAAACAACAACAGUAGUCGAAGAGGAAGAAACGAUCACAGUCGCACCGCAACAAGAACAACCUAAAACGACCAUUGACGAAGUGAAAACUACUACCGAAGUAAUAGAAAAUAAACAGCUUGAAAAACCGCUCGAAUCUCCUGUUCAAGAAGUUGAAGAAACGACGACUGUCACGAUGACUGUUGAAUUACCCGAAGGCACUUCGCACAAAGAGAUCAUUCUCUUAAAAGAUAAUGAAGAGGUCAAACCCUCCGAACACAUCAAAAUCGGACAAACGACUUCAACUACCACUGAAAUUCAAAUCGUAAAAGUCACACCCGAAGACGAAGGCACAUACACUGUCAGUAUCGAUAAUCAGCAACAACCUUUAGUCGAAUUAAAGGUUAUUCCAAAACCUAUCGUUCGCCAAACGAUGGAUAUCCCACAAACAACGUUUAACGAGGGAGAAACAUUGACUAUCAAAUGUCAAUUCGAUAGUAUACCAGAAGAAACGUUCAAAUUCUUGUUAAACGAACGACCACUCGUUUCGAACGAUAGAAUCACGACUACUGUGAAAGAUAAUACGUAUAUCAUCGAAGUGAGAAAUUUGAUACCGGAAGAAGACGAAGGUGUCUAUACAUUGAAAUCCGAACAUUUGAUUCUUGACACGCCAUCGAUCACUGUACGUCGAAUUGAUCGAAAAGAAAACGAAAAUGUCGUCGAAGAAAUCGAAGAAGAAACGAUUACGGUCGAAUCCGUGAAAAAGCCCGAAAUAACCGAAAUCGAAAUCGUUGAAAAACAAGAAGAGAAAUUACCUGAAACUACCGUAACGAAAACAGAAGAAACAUCAACUAUCGAAACUUCUGUAAAUGUCGAAACACCGGCACCUGUUCAAACAGCAACAGUGACUGAAAUUGUUGAAGAACAACCGAUUGAAACCAAAGUUGUCGAAGAAAAAGUAACGACAGAAGAAGUGCAAACAAUUCAACCAACGGUUUCAAGUGAACAAGUCGAAGAGAUUACUGUAAUUAUCAUUUCUGCACGCUACUUCCUCUCAUUCGUUCAAGAAGAAACACAGAACGUUGUAUCCAAACCUGCUCCCACUAUCGAAGAAGAGCAACCAAAACCUGUGGAAGAGAAGCCAGUUCAACCAGAGCAACCGAAACCUAUUGAAGAGAAGCCAGCUCAAGAGGAGCAACCGAAACCUGUGGAAGAGAAGCCAGUUCAACCAGAGCAACCGAAACCUAUCGAAGAAGAACAACCUAAACCAGUGGAAGAAAAGCCAGUUGAACAACAACAACCAAAACCUGUUGAACAAGAGCAACCGAAACCUGUUAAAGAAGAACAACUAACACCUGUGGAAGAGAAACCAGUUCAACAAGAACAACCGAAACCUGUUGAAGAAGAACAACCAAAACCUGUGGAAGAAAAGCCAGUUGAACAAGAGCAACCAAAACCUGUUAAAGAAGAACAACUAACACCUGUGGAAGAGAAACCAGUUCAACAGGAGCAACCGAAACCUAUUGAAGAGAAACCAGUCGAACAAGAACAACCGAAACCUGUUGAAGAAGAACAACCAAAACCUGUGGAAGAAAAGCCAGUUGAACAAGAGCAACCAAAACCUGUUCAAGAAGAACAGCCUAAACCAGUAGAAGAAAAACCAGUUCAACUAGAGCAACCGAAACCUAUUGAAGAGAAGCCAGUUCAACAGGAGCAACCGAAACCUGUUGAAGAAGAACAACCAAAACCUGUGGAAGAGAAGCCAGUUCAACAAGAGCAGCCUAAACCAGUAGAAGAAAAACCAGUUGAACAAGAACAACCAAAACCUGUGGAAGAGAUGCCAGUUCAACAGGAGCAACCGAAACCUGUUGAAGAAGAACAACCAAAACCUGCGGAAGAGAAGCCAGUUCAACAAGAGCAGCCGAAACUAGUAGAAGAAAAACCAGUUGAACAAGAGCAACCGAAACCUGUUGAAGAAAAACCAGUCGAACAAGAACAACCUAAACCUGUGGGAGAAAAACCAGUCGAACAACAGCAACCGAAACCUGUUGAAGAAGAACAACCAAAACCUGCGGAAGAGAAGCCAGUUCAACAAGAGCAGCCGAAACCAGUAGAAGAAAAACCAGUUGAACAAGAACAACCAAAACCGGUAGAAGAAAAACCAGUCGAACAACAGCAACCGAAACCUGUUGAAGAAAAACAACCAAAACCUGUGGAGGAGAAGCCAGUUGAACAAGAGCAACCAAAACCUGUUCAAGAAGAACAGCCUAAACCAGUAGGAGAAAAACCAGUCGAACAAGAACAACCGAAACCAGUUGAAGAAGAACAACCUAAACCAGUGCAAGAAAAGCCAGUUGAACAAGAACAACCAAAACCUAUGGAAGAGAAGCCAGUUGAACAAGAGCAGCCGAAACCAGUAGAAGAAAAGCCUGUUGAAGAAGAGAAACCGACACCGGCUGAACAGAUUGAAUCGAAAGUUGUGGAAGAAGAAAUCAUAGAAAUAAUCGAAGAAGAACAACCGAAAGAAGUCAAACAAUCGGAGGAAAAACUGAUCGACAAAGAAGAUAUCGAAGGGGAAAAAGUUCAAGUCAAGCAAGAGGAAGUACUUGUUACGGUUGAAGCUGAGAAACCGAUUGAAGAAAAAAAAGAGGUUACUACAAAGGAAGUCGAACUUGAAGAAACUACCGAAAUCGAAACUCCAGUUCACGAGGUUGAAGAAAAUUCAGCUGUGACUCUUACAAUUGAUAGACCUUCGCGCGAGAUUACUCUUCUCAAAGAUAAUGAAAAGAUCACGCCUUCCGAACACAUCAAAAUAGUUGAAACGUCACCGACUAGUACCGAAAUACAAAUCAAUAAAGCUAAACCGCAAGACGAAGGAAUCUAUAGCGUAAUUACCGAUAAUAAACAGCAGCCAUUGAUGCAACUAAAGGUUAUACCUAAACCUGUCGUUCGUCAAACGAUGGUCAUUCCUCAAACAACGUUCAACGAAGGGGAAACAUUGACUAUCAAAUGUCAGUUCGAUACUAUACCAGAAGAAACGUUCAAAUUCUUGAUAAACGAACAACCUUUGGUACCUAAUGAUCGUAUUUCGACUACAAUAGAAGAUAUGACAUAUACAAUUGUGGUCAAAAAUUUGAAACCAGAAGAUGAAGGUGUAUACACACUGAAGUCGGAACAUUUGAUUCUUGACACACCAUCGAUUACCGUUGUGUCCAAACCAAAGCAAACAAAACAGACUGAAACAACCGAAAUCGUUGAGGUGCAAGAAGAAGCACCUGUUGGGGAAGAGAAAACGGAAAUCCCGCAAACAGUUGAGGAGACGGAAGUCGAAGAAACAAUUGUUACUGAGGAAAUUCCGCGACCUCAUGAAGUAACUACUACCGAAAUCGUAGAAGAAACAGUUGUGGUUGAACAACCACAAGAGACCAAAAAGGAAACUCCUGAGUUGCCUGUUCAAGAAGUUGAAGAAACUAGUACAGUCACUCUCACCAUUGAAAAACCACAAGGUACAACAAUAAAGGAUGUUGUUUUACUCAAGAAUGGAGAAGAACUCAAACCAUCCGAUCAUGUCAAGAUCACAUCCAAAUCGCCAACUACAACCGAAGUUGAGAUUAAGAAGGUGAAACUCGAGGAUGAAGGCGAUUACACUGUGAAAGUGAAAGGUGCUGAACAGCCACUUGUUCGACUGAAAGUUCAUCCAAAACCAGUGAUUCGACAAGAGAUGCAAUUACCAAAGACAAGAUUCAACGAGAAAGAAACCUUGACUAUCGUUUGUCAAUUCGAUGCGGUUCCUGAAGAACCUUUUGUGUUUCUUCACAAUGAUCAACCGAUUGUUCCUGAUUCACGUAUAACAACAAGCGUCGAAGAUAAUAAAUACACAAUAGUUGUAAAAGAUCUUCGACCUGGAGAGGAUGAAGGUGUCUAUACAUUGAAAUCAGAGCAUUUGAUUCUGGAUACACCAACUAUUACGGUUGCAGCCGAAGAGAAGAAACCGGAAACAGAAACAACAACAGUAGUCGAAGAGGAAGAAACGAUUACUAUCGUACCAGAACAACAACAACCCGAAACUAUUGUUCAACAAGAAGAAACUGAGGAAAUCGUUGUGGAAACGAAAAAGCCUGAAGAAGUUCCAGUUCAUGAAGUCGAAGAGAACACUACCGUUACAUUGACUAUCGAAAAACCACAAUCGACUCCAACACAAGACGUUCAUCUUUUUAAAGAUGGUGAAGAAGUUAAACCAUCCGAACAUGUUAAAUUAACAGCUACAUCACCAACGACAACUGAGGUACAAAUUGUCAAAGCAAAACCAGAAGAUGAAGGAGAAUACACCGUCAUAAUUGACAAUAAAGAACAACCAUUGGUGAAACUGAAAGUUCAUCCAAAACCAGUGAUUCGACAAGAAAUGCAAUUACCAAAGACAAGAUUCAACGAGAAAGAAACCUUGACUAUCGUUUGUCAAUUCGAUGCAGUUCCUGAAGAACCUUUUGUGUUUCUCCAUAACGAACAGCCUAUUGUUCCUGAUUCACGUAUAACAACAACUGUCGAAGAUAAUAAAUACACAAUAGUUGUAAAAGAUCUUCGACCUGGAGAGGAUGAAGGUGUCUAUACAUUGAAAUCAGAUCAUUUGAUUCUGGAUACACCAACUAUUACGGUUGAUGUCGACGAAAAGAAACCUGAAAUCGAAACACGAGUAGUGGUAGAAGAAGAAGAAGAAACGAUCGCAGUUACUCCACAACAACCCGAAGUUACUGAAGUUGUGGAAGAACAAGUACAGGAAAUCAAGAAAGCACCAGAAAUGCCUGUUCAAGAAGUUGAAGAAACUAGUACAGUCACUCUCACCAUUGAAAAACCACAAGGUACAACAACAAAAGAUGUUGUUUUACUCAAGAAUGGAGAAGAACUCAAACCAUCCGAUCAUGUCAAGAUCACAUCCAAAUCGCCAACUACAACCGAAGUUGAGAUUAAGAAGGUGAAACUCGAGGAUGAAGGCGAUUACACUGUGAAAGUGAAAGGUGCUGAACAGCCACUUGUUCGACUGAAAGUUCAUCCAAAACCAGUGAUUCGACAAGAGAUGCAAUUACCAAAGACACGAUUCAACGAAAAAGAAACCUUGACUAUCGUUUGUCAAUUCGAUGCAGUUCCUGAAGAACCUUUUGUGUUUCUUCAUAACGAACAGCCUAUUGUUCCUGAUUCACGUAUAACAACAAGUGUCGAAGAUAAUAAAUACACAAUAGUUGUAAAAGAUCUCCGACCUGGAGAGGAUGAAGGUGUCUAUACACUGAAAUCAGAUCAUUUGAUUCUUGAUACACCAUCGAUCACUGUUGAUGCUCAACCUAAGAAACCAGAAACAGAAACGACAACAAUCGAAGAAGAAACAAUAACUAUCGAGACACCGCAAGCACCUACUACUACUACGGAACAAGUAGUGGAAGAGGUUGAAGAAGUAGUUGAAGAAAUAUCAAAAGUCGAAGAAGCUCCAAAAGAAGAUGAAACUCAUCACAGUGAAAUCGAGAUUCCAAUUGUAAAAGUCCCCGAAGGUGAUACAAUAACAAUUCGAAUUCCCGGUUCUAAAACAACCGAAUCCAAUGAAAUCAAUCUGUACAUCAACGAUCAGCCGAUUAAAACAUCAAUUGAAGAAGACACACGCAUCACAAUCGAAAAAGAUGGUCAAACCGAUAACUACGUCGUUGUCUCCGAUGCUAAACCAGAAGAUAUUGGUCGAUAUACAGUUGAAUUCAAUGGUAAAUUACAACCACUCUGCAUGCUUGAGAUCACUCCAGGUCGUCCGAAGAAAUCAGAAGUGGAAAUUCCAAUCAAACAAGGAGUUGUCGAAGAAGUCGUCGAAGAAGAAAUAGAAGAACAACCCGUCACCGAAAUUCCAACUCAUGAAGUUAUCGAAGGUGAUAGUGUGAACUUAACCAUCGAACGACCAAAAGACACCGAUGUAAAACAAACAUUUUUGUUACAAAACGAUCAAAGACUCGAUCAGAAUACUCGAUUAACAAUUCAAUCAGCUUCUCCCACAACAACGGAAAUAACUCUUCUCAAUGUCAAACCAACUGAUGAAGGUGUUUAUUCCAUUCAAUUUGGUAAUCAACCAAGUCAAAAACUCAUGAAUCUGAAAGUUUUGCCCAAACCGAUUGUUCACGAUUCGCUUCAUUUACCAAAGGAAGUUUUCGAUCAGGGUGAAACAUUAACAAUUGUUUGUGAAUUCGAUAAAAAACCUGAUGAAAACUUAACUUGGAAGCUGAAUGAUCUGCCAUUAAAUCAAUUGAAAGACGAUCGAAUCACAAUUGAGACCAGCGAUGAUGGAAAAUCUUAUACAUUAACUGUGAAAGACUUACGUCCGAAAGAAGAUCAAGGAAUUUAUAAAUUAGAAAAUUCGCAUUUAGUUUUGGAAACACCUUUUGUUCGUGUUAUUGAAAAUGUCGAAGAAGAACAAGAAGAAACAACGAUUCUUGUGGAAGAUGAAGAAACUGAAUCAUUCGAAUUACAAAGGAAACCAAAAGUCGAAGAAAUACCAGAAGAACAACCAAAGAACAUCACACAAGAAAUUGUUCCUGAAGAAGUUGUCGAACAACAAGUUCCAGUUCAAGAAGAGGAAGCACAACCUCAAGUAGAAGAAGCACAACCUGUAACUGAGCCAGUGCCAGAAACACAGGUGGAAGAACAAAAACCACAACCAAAAUUUGUCAAACUCCUUAAACCAAAUAAAACAAUUCUUCUUGAAGGUGAACAACUUGUUAUUGAAGGAGAACUUGAUUCUAUUCCAACCAAAGUUCAAUUAUAUAUUAAUGGUCAACCCGUACCGGAAGAUCGGGUUAAAGCUGAUAUUAAAGAUAAAAAAAUCAAAUUUACACUUGAUAACAUCAAACUGGAUGAAUCGGGUGAUUACAAUGCGAAGAUUAAUGACGAAGUUGAUAGUCCACCUGUAUCAAUCACAGUUAAUGCUGACCUUCCUACAUUUAUCAAAAACUUGACGAUUAAUAAACAACAAGCUGAUGCUGGAGAUACUCUAAACUUUGAAUGUACACUCAAUAAACCAUUUGAUGAAAUUGUUUGGCUUAAAGAUGGUAAACCGAUCGAAACAGAUGCUCAUAUUCAAUUCACUAAAGAUGGUCCGAAACUAAAAAUGACGAUUAAAGACAUCAAACCUGAGGAUCAUACUGGUACUUAUUCAGUUCGCGUCAAAGAUGUGGAAAGUGACAAAGUUACAGCCAUGGUGGCAAAGAAACUGCCGAAAUUCAUCAAAGAUCUCAAACCAAAUAAAACGACAUUAACAGAAGGUGAACAACUCAUUCUUGAAUGUGAGUUAGACGCUGCUCCAACUACUACUCAAUUGCAAAUCAAUGGUCAACCCGUACCGGAAGAUCGAGUAAAGACAGAAGUCAAAGAUAAGAAGAUUAAAUUCACUCUGGAUAACAUUAAAUUGGACGAAGCUGGUGAUUUCAAUGUUAAAGUCAAUGACGAAGUCGACAGCAAACCAGUCGCUAUUACUGUCAAUGCUGAUGUACCCAAAUUUGUCAAGAAUUUGAAUAUCAACAAGAAAGAAUUUGAUAUGGGAGAAACACUCAACUUUGAGUGCACAUUGAAUAAACCAUUCGACGAGAUUGUUUGGCUUAAAGACGAUCAACCAAUCGAAGAAAACGCACAUAUCCAAUUCACCAAAGAUGGUCCUAAACUAAAAAUGACUAUCAAAGAUGCACAACCAGAAGAUCAUACAGGUACAUACUCUGUUCGAGUGAAAGAACUAGAGAGUGAUAAAAUACCAGUAACGGUAGCAAAGAAACUACCGAAGUUCGUGAAGGAUCUGAAAGCCAAUAAAACUACAUUAACUGAAGGUGAACAACUCAUUCUUGAAUGUGAGUUAGACACUGUUCCAACCACUGCUCAACUACAAAUCAAUGGUCAACCCGUACCGGAAGAUCGAGUAAAGACAGAAGUCAAAGAUAAGAAGAUCAAGUUUACAUUGGACAAUAUCAAGCUUGAUGAAGCAGGUGACUACAACCUUAGAGUUAACGAUGAUGUUGACAGCAAACCAGUAUCUAUCACUGUUAAUGCCGAUAUCCCUAACUUCGUCAAGAAUCUCACCAUCAACAAGAAACAAUUUGAUAUGGGAGAAACACUUAAUUUCGAAUGUACAUUAAACAAGCCAUUCGAUGAUGUUGUCUGGUUGAAAGAUGGUCAACCAGUUGAAGAAAACGCACAUAUUCAAUUCACCAAAGACGGCCCUAAACUGAAACUGACUAUCAAAGAUGCACAACCAGAAGAUCACACAGCCACAUAUUCUGUUCGAGUCAAAGAAGUAGAGAGUGACAAAGUUCCUGUAACUGUGACCAAGAAAGUGCCGAAGUUCGUGAAGGAUCUGAAAGCAAAUAAAACUACAUUAACCGAAGGCGAACAAUUGACCCUUGAGUGUGAACUUGAUAUGGCACCGACCGACGUAAAAUUACUCAUCAAUGGUGAAGAAGUACCAGAGGAUCGUGUGAAGACUGAAGUGAAAGAUAAGAAGAUCAAAUUCACCCUCGAUAAUAUUAAAUUAGAUGAAGCUGGUGACUAUAACGUCAAAGUAAACAACGAAGUCGACAGCAAACCAAUAUCAAUCACAGUGAAUGCUGAUAUUCCUAAGUUUGUUAAGAAUCUCACUAUCAACAAGAAACAAUUUGAUAUGGGAGAAACACUCAACUUUGAAUGCACAUUGAAUAAACCAUUCGACGAGAUUGUUUGGCUUAAAGACGAUCAACCAAUCGAAGAAAACGCACAUAUUCAAUUCACCAGAGAUGGUCCUAAGCUAAAAAUGACCAUCAAAGAUGCACAACCAGAAGAUCAUACAGGUACUUAUUCAGUUCGCGUCAAAGAUGUGGAAAGUGACAAAGUUCCUGUAACUGUGACCAAGAAAGUGCUGAAGUUCGUGAAAGAAUUAAAGGCAAACAAAACCACAUUAACAGAAGGUGAACAAUUAAUACUUGAAUGUGAGUUAGAUAUGGCUCCAAAUGACGUGAAACUAUUGAUCAAUGGUGAAGAAGUACCAGAAGAUCGAGUGAAGACUGAAGUGAAAGAUAAGAAGAUCAAAUUCACUCUCGAUAAUAUUAAAUUAGACGAAGCUGGUGACUAUAACGUCAAAGUAAACAACGAAGUCGACAGCAAACCAUUAUCAAUCACAGUGAAUGCUGAUAUCCCGAAAUUUGUGAAAAAUCUUACCAUCAACAAGAAACAAUUUGACUUAGGUGAAACGCUGAACUUUGAAUGCACAUUGAAUAAACCAUUCGACCAGAUUGUUUGGCUUAAAGACGAUCAACCAAUCGAAGAAAACGCACAUAUCCAAUUCACCAGAGAUGGUCCUAAACUAAAGCUGACUAUCAAAGAUGCACAACCAGAAGAUCAUACAGGUACUUAUUCAGUUCGCGUCAAAGAUGUGGAAAGUGACAAAGUUCCUGUAACUGUAACUAAGAAGAUACCGAAAUUUACCAAAGAAUUGAAAGCUAACAAGACAACAUUAACAGAAGGUGAACAAUUAGUAUUGGAAUGCGAACUUGACAUGCCACCUACCAAUGUCAAACUACUAAUCAACGGUGAAGAAGUACCAGAAGAUCGAGUGAAGACUGAAGUGAAAGACAAGAAAAUCAAAUUCACUCUCGAUAAUAUUAAAUUAGACGAAGCUGGUGACUAUAACGUCAAAGUAAACGACGAAGUCGACAGCAAGCCUGUUUCAAUUACAGUGAACGCAGAUAUUCCUAAAUUCGUCAAGAAUCUCACCAUCAACAAGAAACAAUUUGAUAUGGGAGAAACACUUAAUUUCGAAUGUACAUUAAACAAGCCAUUCGAUGAUGUUGUCUGGUUGAAAGAUGGUCAACCAGUUGAAGAAAACGCACAUAUUCAAUUCACCAAAGAAGGUCCUAAACUAAAACUGACUAUCAAAGAUGCACAACCGGAAGAUCAUACAGGUACAUACUCUGUCCGAGUGAAAGAAGUAGAGAGUGAUAAAGUACCAGUAACGGUAACAAAGAAAGUACCAAAAUUUGUCAAAGAACUAAAAGCAAACAAGACAACAUUAACAGAAGGUGAACAAUUGAUAUUCGAAUGUGAAGUUGACAUGAUACCUGAAAGUGUUGAACUAAAACUUAACGGAGAGAGUCUUCCGAAUGAUCGUAUCAAACCUGAAAUGAAAGAUAAAAAACUCAAAUUCACUUUGGAUAACAUUGAAUUGAAUGAAGCAGGCGACUACACAGUUAAAAUCAAUGAUGAAGUCGAUAGUAAGCCCGUGUCGAUCACAGUCAAUGCAGACAUACCAAAAUUCGUCAAGAACUUAACGAUCAAUAAGAAACAAUUUGAAGUUGGGGAAACACUCAAUUUCGAAUGUACACUCAACAAACCAUUCGAUGAUGUCGUCUGGCUGAAAGAUGGUCAACCAAUCGAAGAAGAUGCUCAUAUUCAAUUUACACAAGAUGGUCCGAAAUUGAAACUGACGAUUAAAGAUGCCCAACCGGAAGAUCAUACAGGAACAUAUUCAGUUCGUGUGAAACAAGUCGAAAGUGACAAAGUCCCCGUGGUUGUUCAAGAAAAACCAUUGACAUUUGUCAAAGAUCUUAAAGCAGUGAAAACAACUUUAGAUGAAAAUGAAACUUUGGAAUUCUCAUGUCAAUUAAGUCGACCAUUGAAACCAAAUGAAACUGUCCAAUGGUAUCGGAAUGAAGUUCAAAUUCCAAUUGAACAAGAUUAUCCCAAUCAACAAAUCAAUUUAGAAAUUCCUGACGUUCAGCCGACCAUGUCUGGUGAAUAUCGUUUGGAAAUUGCCAGUUCUGGUCAACCAAAACCAUUAAAAAGUUCUUCAAUCAAGAUUACGAUCAAACCAGAACAAAUCAAAUUCGUCAAACCACUUCAUGCUUUGAAGAAUCCACUAAACGAAGACGAAACUCUCGUUCUCGAAUGCGAAUUGGACAAACCAACAUACAAAUCAGUCGUUUUCUUCUUAAACGACAAACCAUUAAACGAAAAUGAAGAUGAUCGUGUCAAAAUCACUCAGACCGGCAACAAAUGGCAAAUUCAAAUUACCAAUGUUAAACAGGACAUCGAUCAAGGCGAAUAUACUGUCACCAUCAACGAAAAAGUCACUUCUCCAAAAGUCAAAGUGACAAUUCUAAAACCAUUGACAUUCGUUCAAGACUUAACUGUUUCGAAUUCGCAACCAAUCACUGAAGAAACCAUCACAUUCGAAUGUGAACUAUCUCAACCAUUACCAUCUGGUGAUGUGAAAGAUCUUUCAUUUACUUUAAAUGGAAAAUCGUUGUCUAACGAUCAAGCAAAACGUUUGAAAAUCAACAUCAGUUCAUCGAGUCCGAAAAUCAGCAUAACACUAACAAAUGUGAAACUGACCGUUGAUCAAGGUGAUUAUCAACUAAAAGUUCUUCAUCCUCAAGAAAUUCAAUCACAAACUGUUACUGUUACAAUUCGACCGAAACCAAUUGAAGUUCUUCAGCCGCUGCAACCUGAAAAAGCUGAGACCUAUGAAGAUGAUACACUUCUUCUUUCAACUAAACUGCAAAACGUUCCUGAAAAUCCUACAAUCGUCUGGUUAAAAGACGAUCAACCAUUAACAAUCGACAAUAAACGUAUUCGUACGAUUCCUUCACGUGAUGGUCAACAAUUCAAACUAUCAAUCGACAAUGUUCAAUUAGAUCAAAGUGGAACAUAUGCAUUACAGAUUAAUAAUGAGAAAAUCACUGAAUGUGAUGUGCAAAUCAAAUCAGUUCCAUUAAAAACUGUCGUACCAUUGAAAAUCAUCGGAACACCAGUUGUGAACGGAAACGUUGACUUAGAAAUCGAAUUAAAUCGAGCGAACGUUCCAUUCAUAUGGAUGAAAGACGAAACACCAUUGGAGAGUCAACCCACACCAGUGAAAGAUCAAACAAAAUAUCGAUUAAAACUGUCGAAGUUAACACUCGAUGAUUCAGGAGUUUAUUCAAUUAAUUUCAACGACGGAGAAUUAGUUGAACAAGUAAAACUAUCUGUUGCUUUACCACCAUUAGAGUUUGUCGAACAAUUGAAAUGUCUUCCGUCGGAUGAUGUCGAAGAAGGUUCCGAUAUUCUUUUGCAAUGUGUUCUGAAUCGACCAAUUGAUGACGAAUCCAUUCCGAUAGUUUUAACGAAGAAUAAUAAACCAUUAACAGCAAGUGAUAGUGAACGAGUGAAAAUCGAACGAGAUGGACCAACGGUGAAAGUUCAUUUAACAAAUGUUAAACCGGACGAUGCUGGAACGUAUAAAGUAACAAUUGAUAAAACAAAAGAUACAAGUGCCAGAUUGAAAGUUCAUGACAAACCAUUAGCAAUCGUCGAACAACUUCAUCUUGUCAAUCCUUCCGAUGAUCAAAAUACUGUUGAAGAAAGUAAACCAUUCGAAUUAUUCAUUCGAUAUAACAAACCUGUGAAGAAUCUCGUUCUCAAUCGAGACAACAAACGUCUUCCAACCGAUAAACGCAUUCAAAUCUUGUACGAAGAUGAUUCAUCUGCUGUUCGCAUCCGUUUCGAUGCGGCACAAGCUGAUGACAAAGGAAAAUACGAAACAACAGUAAAAGAUUCAACAAUUUCGGAUAAAGAUGGUCUUCGAAGUCAAACGGUGACUAUCAUUGUUAAACCUUUACCUGUUUUAUUCACAUCGGAUAUCGAAGUAUCAGUGCCGGAUAAGGAUAAGAUUCCCGAAAAGACUGAAGCAACAUUGACUACAACGAUAAAUCAAGAAAAAGGAAAAGUGAAAUGGUUUUUGAAUGACAAAGAAAUUAAAGAAGAUCAAAAUCAUAAGAUAACAAUAAAAAAUCUUCAAAGACAAUUAACAAUCAAAUCAACUGUCAUUGCUGAUUCGGGAAUUUAUACAGUUAAAAGCGAAGAUGAUCAACGAACGAUUGAAAUCACCAUCAAAGACGAUCUUCGUUUCACCAAGGAAUUAACUCCAACGGAAGUGAACGCAACUGAAGGUAAAGACAAAGAAGUCAGUUUCGAAUGUGAAACAUCGAAAUCCACUCCGGUUCAAUGGUAUCACGAUCAACAAAAGUUAUCUCCAACCGAACUGAAGAAACAUUAUCAAAUUGAAUCAACGAAGAAUAACACGAUUCAUAAAUUGAAGAUUCUUCAACCAGUAGCAGCGGAUUCAGGUGCAUAUCGAUGUGUUUUACCAAACAAUCUCGAAACAACCGCACAGUGUACAGUCGAACCAGCAGGAAUCGAUUUUCAACAGCAUUUAACCACACCUAUUCAUGUCGAACACAUGAAAAGUGCUUUAUUAGAAUGUGAAUUAACUCGAAAACCACAGCAAGUAGUUUGGAAAGACAAAAAUGGACAAAUCAUCGAGGAUGGAGACAAAUACGAAAUCAUGAACAAUGGAAAACUACAAGGUCUCGUUAUCAACGAUUGCGAUGAAAAUGACAACGGACAAUACACAAUCACCAUUGACAAUACGAAAUCUUCAACAGCAGAAGUGAUCGUCGAAACGGUAGUGGAAAAAGCUCGAUCACCAUCACCACAAGCUGCUUUUCGUAAACUCCUUCCGAACGAAUUAACGACCAAUCAAGAUGAAGAUUUUCUUCUCGAAUGCGAAGUCAAUGAUGAAAAUCAAAUCACCAAUUGGUACUUAGAUGAUGAUCUCAUUGGACCAACCAAUCCUCGAUUUCAAAUUAUUAAUAAAGGCAUCAUUCGGCAACUAAAAGUUCUCAAAGCGGAAUUAGAUGACACAGGCAAAUACACAUGUCAAGAUCGUGACACUGGUGAAAGUACAAACUGCGAUGUGACUGUUAAUAAAGCACCUGUUCGAAUUAUUAAAGGUCUACCCGAAACACUACUUGUUCCACAAGGUGAACAAUUAAAACUUGAAGUAGAAUUGUCACAUCCGAAUAUUCCAAAUUGUCGCUUUGUCAAAGAUGAUGUCAACAAUCCACUCCGAAAGGACAAACGAAUUCGUCUUAUCUCUGAAGGAACACGUCACACACUUCUCAUCGACAAUGUUUUGCCCGUCGGCGACUCGGGUGUUUACGAAUUUCUCGGUCCGAACGAAUCUUUACGUUCAACCUGUCAAGUGACUGUUCAAUCUUCGCCAAGUAAAAUAACUCAACCAUUAAAAGAUGUAACAUUACAAGAAAAUCAAAAUUUAACACUCGAAGCACGUGUAGACAAUGAACACGCUCCUGUGACUUGGUUUAUUAAUGGAAAAGAAGUUUCUCCGUCAGUCGAUGCACCACAUAUCACAAUCAUGUCUAAAGGACGACGACAUACAUUAGUUGUACAGAAAGUCAAUGCUCAACAAGACGCGGGUAAAUAUGAGAUUCGUACUCCGGACGAUGCUAGUUCAUGUCAAGUGACUGUCGAAGAACCCGGAGCACCUCCGGCGGACUUUACAAAGAAAUUGCAAAAUGUUGAAACUGAAGAAUUUCAAACUGUUGAAUUAAAAUGUGAAACAAAUCGGGAAAAUUUACCGGUAGAAUGGCUGAAAAACAACGAAGUCAUUCAAACAACUGAACAUUUUACCAUCGAAACCAACGGCAAAAUCCAUUCGUUAACGAUUCUAGACAUUUUGGUCAACGAUCAAGCAACAUACACUUGUCGAAUUCCAUCGAAUGGAAAAACAACAAAUGCAUCCGUUAAAGUCAAAGAAAUGCCCGCAGAUUUCGUUCAUAAAAUUGAAUCCAUUGAUGCGAUCACAGGUGACACAGUGACAUUCGAUUGUCAAUUAAACAAACCGAAUAUCAAAGUGAAAUGGCUCAAAGAUAAUAAACCUUUAACAUCGAACGAUCGAAUUCAACCAUCGAUCGAUUCUGAGAAUGCCGAUAUUCAUUUAUUAACAUUGAAAACCGUCGAUGCGAAAGACGCGGGAACGUACACAUGUGUCAUCGAUCAACCAGCGGGAAAGAAAUGUUCAGCUCCAUUAACAGUAAAGUCGAUCACAUUGAAAUUAACAGAACCAUUAAAAGAUGUUUCAUUGAUUGAAAACGAAGAUUUAAUUUUGAAAUUUGUCGUUUCACAUGAUUUGAAACAAACUCCUGUUGUGUGGAAUUUCAACAACAAACCAAUACAAUCUGAUGAUCAGCGAAUACAAAUCGAUCAAGAUGGCAAAUCAUAUUUCUUAACAAUCAAACAAGUUCAAAUCAGCGAACAAGGCAAAUAUUCAGCAGAAAUUCCAUUACAUAAACUUACCACAUCAGCGAAAGUCACAGUCAAGCCGGAAGACAUUCAAAUUGUCAAACCUUUGUCACUCGUUCCCGAUGAAGCUCAUCCUGACAAUAGAACUCUUGAAAUUCAAUUCAGCAAACCUUUAUCCACUGAUGUUGUUCUUCUGAAAAACGGUGUUAAACCAACACGCAAGAUCCCAGUGGAAAAUCUCAACAACGGAACAUAUCGAUUUCUCUUAGAAAAUGUCAAACCGGAAGACUCUGGUCUAUAUGAAGUGGUCAUUCGUCCGGACCUCAAAAGUUCCAUUCAACUCGAUAUUCAACCAAAAGAAGACUUGGACUUUCUUCUUCCAUUAAAAGAUCAAAUUGAAAUCAACGAAAACGAACCAAUUCAUCUCGAAGCGAAAUUAACUCGUCUACCCGAUUCACCAAGUGACGUUGUUUGGUUACGCAAUGGCAAACCACUUCCAACCUCGGUGAAGACUGCAAUCAACGAAGAUUUCACCGUGACUUUGGAUAUUCCUCAAGGAAAGAUCGAGACUGAUGCAGGAAAAUACACACUACGCUUACCAAAUAACAAACAAAGUUCAUCACAAGUGAAUAUUCUGAAGAAAGUCACGGCGAAAGACGAAAAUCAAAUUGUUCAACCAUUGCACAUCAUUCUCGACGAGAACCAAACGAAUUUACAAUUAAAUAGCAAAGUGAUAUUGAGAUGUAAAACAGCUCUACCAGUUAAGAAUGUCGAAUGGUACAAAGGCGGGAAGAAAGUGUCAACACGUCGAACGAACGCUGUCAGCACCGAAAAUUCCACUCAACAUGAUUUGAUUCUUCCAAAAUUAGACGUCGAAGAUCUCGGAGAAUAUCGCGUUGUUCUCGAUACGAAACUUGACUCUUCGGUUAAACUUGAAAUUCCGCAAGAGUUAAGUCCAAUACGUUGUGAAGGUCAACCGAUCGAAGGUGAAACCAUCACAUUGAUCUGCGAAACAACACUUCCACCAAAACAAAUCCAAUGGUCACCAAUUGUCGAUCGAAAGCGUUACGAUCAACAAGAUCUAUCCUUAAAAAUCAAGAAUCUCAAUCUCGAUCAAGAUUCCAAAGUUUUCACAAUCGAUGUUGAUGGUCAAAAACAAUCUUAUGAAUUAACCAUUCAACCAUUACCAUACAAAUUUCAAAGUUCAAUCAUCGAAUUAAAUCCAAAAUUACCAAAGGAAGAUGACAAUGUCACUUGUACUGUAACAUUGAACAAGCCAAUUAAGGAUCAAGUUGUUCAAUGGUAUCUUAACAAUGAAUUAAUUCAACCGAAUGAACGUUUUAGCGUUUCAAAUGACGGUCCACGGACAAUGUUGACCAUCAAAAAAGUUCGUCCAGAUGAUGCCGGACAAUUGGAAUGUCGAAUUCCAACAUCCAACGAAAAAUUAACAACUGAAUUGAAAGUCAAAGAAAAACCAUUGACAAUCGUUAAGCCAUUAACAGCUGAUAAGGAUAAACCAAUGGAAGGAGAUGAUGUUACUUUAUCAUGUCAAUUCUCACGAAAACCAAAGACUAUCGAAGUUUAUAAAGAUGGAAAACCUGUCGAACUUGAUCAAGACUUGAACGAGAUCAAUGCGACAUUCACAAUUCGUUUACCGAAGACAAAACCAACAGAUAAAGGAAAAUACUCCGUCAUCGGCGAUGGAGUGGAAACAUCUUAUACAUUAAGAUUAACACCAAAUCCAAUUAAAUUCACCAAACAAUUGAAAUGGGAUAAAGAAUCUCCGUAUGAAGAAGAAACUGUUCAAGCAACAUUCACAUUAAGUCGCUUACCAGAUAAACCAAUUCAAUGGUACAAAGGUAAAAUCGCUCUUCCAACUGAAUCCACAUCAAAAUAUAAAUAUGAACAAAUGGAUUGCACAUUUACAUUAACAAUUCCUUCGACUGAGUUGAAAGAUGCAGAUACAUAUUCAGUUAAACUUCCUGAUGAAACACAAUCAUCAGCUCGUUUAAAAGUUCUGGAAACACCUGUGAAAGUGUUAGUUCCAUUGACACUCCAACCAGCUGAACCAGUUCUUGGAAGUGAAUUUACUCUAUCGAUAACAUUGAGUCGAGAUGUGAAGAACAACGCCAAAUGGUUGAAGACUGGGAAAGAUCUUUCACUGAAACGCGACUCGAGAAUUUCAUUCAAACAAGAACCGGACGAUGAACACCAAGGUUUUCGAUAUUUAAUCACUAUUCGAGAUGCUAAACCUGAAGAUGAAGGCGCCUAUCGAUUCGAAGUUGAAGCCAAUCAAAUCAGCGAAUCGAAAACUGUCAAAUUACUCGAACCGAAGAUUCUCAUUGUUAAGUGCGACGAAAUCCUCACUGGAAAAGUUGGCUCACCCGUCACAUUCACAUGCGAAUUGAAUCUUCCACAAGGUCAUGUCACUUGGUAUCGCGAAGGUAUCAAAUUAACAUCAUCGGACUCGACACCAUUGAAAUCAACAGGAUUAACAGUUAAAAACAAUGAAAAUAUUCGAACGUUGACCAUCAAUUCAUUGAAAAAGGAUGACUUUGGUUCGUAUACAGUGAAGACCAAAGAUGACAAACGGGAAAUUCAAUUGAAACAACAAACGGAUGAUGAUGGAUUGAAAGUUCUCGAACAUCCGGGAAAACUACUCGAUCUAGAUCAAAAUGAUCAAUUACAACUUUCAAUUGUCACGAACAAAAAAUGUCCAAUCGAAUUUUCAAAAGAUGGAAAAGUCUUGAAAACAAGUGAAACAUUUGAUAAAGAUAAAUCUCGAUAUACAGUGACAUUUACAAUCGACAAAGUCGAUUUCAGCGAUCAAGGAAUUUACAAAUCGAUCUUACCAGGUACAAAGUAUGAAUAUCAAACUGAAGUUUUAGUUCACGAUCCUUAUCAACGACAAAAGGUCGAUGUUGGUGAAGCGGAAGAACCAUUGUUAUUUGUGAAGAAAUUAGAAGAUCAGACAGUAAAGGAAGGUGUAGAAAUUAUUCUCGAUUGUGAACUGAAUCGAACGCCAAAAUCUGCAUCGAUUUGGACACGAAAUGGAAAAGAAUUGACGAGUAAUGAUCAAAUCGAAAUUAUUCAAGAUGACAAACAUCUUCAAUUGAAAAUUCGAAAAGUUGCAUCGGACGAUCAAGCUGAAUACACACUUAAUGUUGAAAAUCUCCGUGGACAUGCUUUCAUCGAUGUGCUAACCGAUCGCGUUCGAUUUACUCAAAAACUCAAUGACACCAUCGUUAAAGUUGGUUCUCCGAUCGUUCUUGAGUGUAAACUAUCUAUUUCUGAUACACCAAUUACAUGGAAACGAGAUGGUCAACCUCUUGAUAGCAAAUAUUCGACUGUUGAUGGAUAUUUACAUACACUUCGUCUACCAUCUGCUGAACUCGAUCACAGUGGAAAAUAUUCUGCACACUACAAUGAUGAAAUUGAUACAUCUUGCACCGUUUCUGUUCAAACUGAAUUGGUCUUUGCCCGAGAAUUACCUUCAGAAUUAACUCUCAAAGCCGGUCAAAAUCUUUUACUCGAUGUGGAAACAACACGUCCGAAUAAAACUGUUCAAUGGUAUCGCAACGGUCAACUGAUUCCUCGGGUCGGUGAUUCUCGUCAUCGUCUGGCUGAUGAUAAAUACGAUCAUUCAAUCAAACUUUCCAAAGUCACCGAACAAGAUGAUCACGACAUUCUCUACGAAUGCGAAUGCGAUGGUGUGCGAACUCGAUGUCGGGUCUAUAUUCAAAAAGAACCAUUAGUUUUCUUCAAAGAUCUGAAGGAUACGAAAUAUGAUUUAGACGAUCGAUUAGUAUUUGUCGUCAAAAUGAACAAACGCCCAUCGAAUGACGCGCGUUGGUUACACAACGGACAAGUUAUUGAACCGUCGGAUCGAAUCAAAAUCACCUACGACGAAAAAGAACAUGAAGCGAAGUUAAUUAUUGAAAAUUCCAAUGAAGCUGACCAAGGAAAAUAUAUGUACGAUGCAAUUGAAGCACGAACAAGUUGCACAGCUGAUUUGAAGGUGGUAAAAAUGGAAUUUGUUCAAGAAUUGAGAAAUCGAUCGGUGAAACAAGAUCAACCUGUCCAAUUCGAAUGCGAAGUGAAUAAAAUUCCCACAAAGGUUGUUUGGCUGUUAAAUGGACAAGUGAUUGAACCAGACGGAACAAGAUUUGAAUGUGUCACAUCACCCGGAAAGAAAAAAUUUACAUUGAAGAUCAAACAAACGUUGUUAUCCGAUGCUGGAGAUGUCACCGUAAGAAUUGAUGAUCAGAUCGAAUCAAAUGCAACUUUAGAUGUGAAAGGAAUUCCAAUUGAAUUUGUGAAAAGUCUGACGGGUGCUCGAGUUAAUGAAAACGAUACAGUUAAUUUCAUUUGUGAAUUAAAUAAACCGAAUAUUCAUGUCAAAUGGUUUCACGAAGGAGAACCGAUUGCACUUGAUGAUCAUAUUGAUAUUCAAGCGAAAGGAACUGUUCAUUCAUUGAAGAUUUCCAAAGUUGCUUGGAACGAAGGUGGAGAAUACAAAUGUGUUGCGGACGGUGGAGCGAAAACAAGUGCUACAUUGAUUGUCAAAACAACUCCAGUAACAUUCACAAAACUUCUCGAAGAACGUAUGUGCAAUUUUGGCGACUCUGUUGAAUUUACAUGCGAAACAUCGAAACCAUGUCGUGUCGAAUGGUUUGUCAAUGACAAACGUCUCACUCCUCAACAAGUUGAUAUCGAAACCAUUGAGAAUAAACACACACUUCGUCUUCCGAAAGUUAAAUUAACCGACAAAGGUUGGUAUAAAUGUACCGUUCAAGACGAAUUUACUGAAGCGAAAUUAACGAUCAUCGACAAACCCGUCGAAUUAGUCGAACCACUGACAGAUGUUAAUGUUCAAGAGAAUGAAAAUGCCACAUUGAUUUGUCAAUUAUCCAAACCAGAUAUGGAUGUCGUUUGGUAUCAAAAUGACCGACGAAUCUUUUUCACACCUCAAUCGCGAAUUCGUGCAAAACAAGUCGAUACGUUCUAUAAAUUGUUGUUAGAUGAUAUUGAAUACGAUGAUCAAGGAGUGUAUGAAAUGAGAUGUGAAAAUUUGAAAACAUCGUGCCAUUUGACAGUGAAGAAAUUGGAAACUACGUUUCUUGAUCAUUUGAGAAAUUUGAACGUACAAGAAGGAGAAACUGCGCGAUUUCAAUGUCGAUUAUCGAAAUUGAGUUCCAAUGUCCAAUGGUUCAAAGAUGGUGUUCGAAUUUUACCAAGUGAUCGAAUUGUUUAUUCAAUCAAAGGUGAUCUUUUGUCAUUGACUAUUCACAAUGCACAAAUCGAAGACGAAGGAAACUAUCGUUGUAUGAUCGACAAUCAACAUACCGAUGCAACAUUAACUGUCGAACCAUUACCUGCCGUUUUUCUCAAAUAUUUACCGAAAACUUGGACGGUUUAUGGUGAUGAACCAUUGGAAUUGUCAUGCCAAAUCUCAAAACCGAAUGUUCCAGUGAUCUGGUCGAGAGAUGGAAUUCCAAUAAGUGAAAAAGAACAAAUGAGAAAUGAAGGAUUGAGAUAUAGUCUUUCGAUUCCACAUGGUGUUCGAUCGGGUUUAUACACAAUUCGAAUCGAUGAUGUCAAUGGACAAGAAAGUAGUUGUCAAGUGACAGUGGAGGAUUUAGCAGAAAAUGAACGAAAGAAACCAAAGAUUAUUCGUGGUCUGGAAGAUUUGAAUUUAUCCGAAGGUGAAACAUUGGAAUUAAAUUGUGAAUUCCAAGGUGAAGAUGUCGAAGCCACUUGGUUUCUAAAUGGAAUUAUGCUUCGUACGAAUGUUUUUACGACGCUCAAUUUCAAAGCCAAUGAAUUGGCACAAUUGCUGAUGAAAGAAGUUUAUCUUGAAGAUGCUGGAUUGUACAAAUUACGUUUGAAAAAUAAAUUUGGAGAAGUAUCGACGUCGUGCACUGUGUAUGUUCGUCUACGGGAACUUGGAACAGAUCAACGAAAGAUGAGCAGCGAAGAUCUACCACCGAAAUUUAUUCAACCUAUCUCGGAUGUUUAUGUUCAUCACGGUCAAGAAGCGAAUUUUCGUGCGAUUAUUACUGGACAGCCUACACCAAAAGUGACUUGGUAUUGCAACUAUAAGAAAAUCGCCAAUAAUGAGAAAUAUCGUGUGACACAAGAGAAAGAUGAAUAUGUAUUGGCGAUUUUACAAGUCAAUGAAAAUGAUGAAUGUGAAUACACAUGUAAAGCAGAAAAUCCUGUGGGAGAAAAGACGUGUUCAGCGAAUUUACAUUUAAUUGGACCAUCGAAAUCACAAUCAACUGAUGAUAUCGCACCGUCAUUCAUUCGUAAGCUUCGUAAUUGCACAGUCAUCGAAGGUCAACGUGCGAAAUUCGAUUGUUUUAUCACUGGUCAACCGAAUCCAACGAUUCGUUGGCUACAUAAUGGUUUAGCCUUAGAUAUCAAUGAAAAUCCCAUGAAAUAUUCGUCACAAAUUCAAUCGAAUGGAAAAGUUCUAUUAACAAUUGAAGAUUGUUCACAAGAAGAUGCUGGUGAAAUAACAAUCAUCGUUGAAAAUCGUGCUGGAUCAACACAAUGUUCCGCAGAAUUAACUGUCGAACCUCAUCAUGAGUCCAGUCGAUUAAAACGUCGUGUUAGUUUUGACGUUCCGGAAUUGUCAUCAUCAUCCGGCAAACAAGGAGCUUUACCAUUACCACCAUCAAGAUUGUUAUUAACGCCAAAUUCGAAAUCAAGCUUGAAUUUGAGUUGGGAACAUUCACCUUCGCAUAGUCGAACACAGCCUUGUACUUACAUUGUGGAAUUGAGAGAUCCAAGAACGUAUUCAUGGACAACAUAUGUUUCAGCAUUACCUGAUACGAGUUUGCAACUACGUGGUUUGAAUUUGAAUCAUAUUUAUGCAGUUCGAGUGCGAGCAGAGAAUGCGUUUGGUGUAAGUGAUCCGUCGCAACCAGUUACAAGUCGACUUCUAAGUCGAAAUGAUCGAGGAAAAGAAGAUGAAGAACCAAUAAGUAAAACACGACGAUUACCAACUUCCUCAUUGGAUGAUUAUGGAACUCGACCAUCAUUGCAAGUCGAUGGACCUGAUAUUCAAUACUUUCUCGAAGGACAAAAUGUUCGAAUCACCAUGUUACUUGUUGGUUAUCCAAUUCCUGAGUUAACUUGGUAUCAUGAUGGCGAGAAAAUCUCUUCAUCCGAUCCUCGUAUCAAAUCAUUCAAUGAUCAUCGUGGUUAUGCUUAUCUUUCCAUUGAUUCUGCCUUAGCAUCUGAUGAAGGUACUUAUGAAAUCGUAGCGGAGAACAAAUAUGGCGUUGCUCGUCAUACGGUCUAUCUUUAUCUUGCCGAUCCGCCAAUGUUUCUCGAACCAUUACAAGACACUCGUUGUCGAACGCAUGAAACCUUCCGUUUGGAAUGUAAAGUCGAUGGAAUUCCAUAUCCUGAAGUACGAUUCUAUAAAGAUUGGCGGUUGUUAACUGAUUCAUAUCGAACGCGCAUAAGACAUAUUGAACCGGAUAUUUGGCAAUUGACAAUUUACGGUGCAAUCGAAAAAGAUACUGGUCUCUACACUUGUACAGCAAAGAAUAUCGCUGGAGCGACUUUAUCAUCGGCAAAUGUUAGUGUUGAAGACAAUUUAUUGAAUAUUCCACGACCGGAUCUCGAAAGAUCGAUUGUAACAUUCAAAAAGAAACGAUUCGACGAAGAUUAUGAUAUUUUAGAAAGAAUUGAACAUGGACCUAUUUCGUCAGUUUAUCGUGUCAUCGAACGACGAACAGCAAAAGAACGUAUAGCGAAAGUUGUACAUAAUCCGAAAUAUUUCGACUGGCUUCGAAGAGAAAUGGAGAUCCUUUCGCAUCUAUAUGAUUCAAAUAUUCCCCGAUUACAUGACGCUUAUGAGACGGAUAAGAUGCUUGCAAUCGUUUUCGACAAUAUCCAAGGAGACGAUCUACUCGAACAUCUUCUCAACCGUCGAACCUACACCGAACAUGACGCAUCAUUAAUCAUUCGUAAUCUCGUUGAAACAUUGAAACAUUUGCAUUCCAGAAAUAUCGUUCAUCUCGAUAUCAAACCUGAUAACAUCUAUAUUGAUGAUCGAUAUGAUCCAAUUCGCGUACAAUUAUUAGGUUUUACUAACGCCCGUCAUUUGACAGGAACAUCGAAUGUGUAUUCUGAUUACGGCGCACCGGAAUAUAUCGCACCGGAAAUCAUUCAUCGUUAUCCAGUAUCUCUCACAACGGACAUGUGGAACAUUGGUAUUUUAACGUAUUUGUUGUUGGGUGGUCAAACGCCGUUUAUUGGUGCAAAUGAUUUUGAUACUUUACAAAAUAUUCGUCAAGGAAGAUGGACAUUUGGUGAUCGAUUUACGAAUAUCUCACCAGAUGCGAAGGACUUUAUCACACGUUUGUUGAAUCCUGAUCAACAGAAUCGUUUAACAGCGGAACAAGCAUUAAAUCAUCCAUGGUUGAAAUAUGCACUGCAACAAAUUGAUAAAGUUCCAAUUUCAUCUGAUCGACUACAAGGAUCGUACUCUCGACAACUUUUUGAUCGUGAAUAUCGUCGUACUUCUUCGCGACCUUUACCAACAAUUAGCGAAAUUGCUUCAAUGCGAGGUGAUUUGGGUGGUUAUGGCGAUGAUAGAGAACGAACUUACGAUGAUCGUCAUAUUCGAACACGGGCACGACGUACAUCCCGAGAUAUUUCAUUUGAUGAUCAUGAUCACGAAAUUCAUCGUCGUCCAUCGAUAAUCGAAGAUGAAAAUCUCACACCUGGCUCGUACCUUCUUCCAAUCUAUGAUGUCGAUUUUGCCAUUCGUAUGCGUGGUUAUCGUCGAUCAAGUUAUCAAAAUCGUUACACAUCGUCCGAAUAUCUCUACGCACCACCUGUUGCUCCUCCUGAACGUCUUCUCGCACGUGAUACAGUCAAAGAACGUCUUCAUGUCGAUGCGCAAGGACGACGAGUACGGGGUUGUUCAGCCGUACCACAUAGUGGCUGUUCAGCAUCGCGAGAAUUAAGUGUUCAACCAGGCGGUACACGAGGAAUUUCAGCAACACCGUCCUUCUAUGCGCCGUAUGGACGAACAAGUGAAUCACCUGCACAUGGCUAUGGAUUGUCGGCGAGAUACGGAAGUACAUCGCGGUUAUCACCAUUUCCAGGUGGUACGGCACGUGCGCCAAGUAUUCCAAGAGAAUUUCAAGCACAGGGCUUUACAGAAGAUCAACGGGCAUCACGAGGCGAAGGUUUUGCUGCGGUGUUCAAAGAAAAACUAGUUGAUACAUCAUUUUUGGUUGGUGGCACAGUUAUUUUACGAUGUAAAGCACAAGGCAAUCCAUUUCCACGUAUUUUUUGGUAUCGAAAUGAUGAAUUCAUCAUCGAAGACGAUCAUAUUCAAUUUGCUCAAGGCGAAGAUGGUCUUUGUACAUUAACAAUCACCCACUGUAAAGCAAGUGACAUCGGUAUUUACCGUUGCGUGGCACGAAAUCUGUAUGGUGAUGCAUCAUGCAAAGCAAGAUUAUUAAUCGGAGAUGUUCCUGAUCGACCACAACGUCCAAUUGUAAUUGAUGUUUCAUCUAGUCAAGCUUAUCUUGUUUGGAGUUCACCAUUGUAUGACGGUAAUAACGACAUCAAUGGUUUCCGUGUUGAUUACAAAGCACGUGAAGAUCUUAAAUGGACACAAUCAACAUUUACCAUUGAAGAAUCUGCAUUGAUCCAUGGAUUGAAACCAUCGACGUUUUAUCGUUUUCGUGUGUCUUGUAUUAAUCGUGUGGGUAUCUCAGCGUACUCCUGGGCAUCGGAAGAAACUCGAACACUGGAUGAAAAUGCGGAAAAUAAUCGAUUAUUAACGAAAAUUGAUCGACAAUCAGCUUAUCGUUUACUUGAACAUCAACAUCGACUGGAUGAGAAAACUUCAGUGCCAAUUACUCAUGUUUUACAAGAUUACGAUAAACAGAGUCAAAUGAAAACUUUGGGAGAAAAAACUGUUCUUAAACGUGAUCAAAAUCCUUGGGAUUUGUACAAAUUAAUCGAUGAAUUGAGCAGUUACGGACGUACAUGUGUCAUUCGUUGUUCCGAACGUGCAACAGACAGUGUUCGUAUCGUCAAAAUCAUCGAUAAACAAGACAAUGAAACUGAUGAAUUCAACUUACUAAAUCUUAUCUCUCACGAACAUAUCAUCACAAUGUUAGAUGCCUUCUUAUGGAAACAUUCGUUUAUCUUAGUCACAAAUGAUUAUAUGGAGUUAUGUGAUUGGAUUUGUUUAAGACAUAAGUAUAACGAAGAAUUAAUUAUGAAGAUUUUAAGACAAAUUCUCGAUGCAAUCCACUAUUUACACUUUCAUGGAAUUGUUCAUUUGAAUAUUAAUCCAUCGAGUGUUGUCAAUGAGAAUCGAUUAGCUGUUCAUAUCAAAUUAACAGAUUUCAGUUGUGCACAACAAAUUGCCACUAUUGAUGGACAUAAUAUCAAUAAGAAUCAAGUUCAACCAAAUAAAGAAUAUGCCGCACCAGAAGUUCUCAAUGGCGAAUCGUGUGGAGUGCAAGCAGAUGUUUGGAGUAUUGGAGUAUUAACAGCGACACUUCUAAGUGGAUUCUCGCCGUUUGUUGGCGAAAAUGUCGAAGAUACUAUUCAAAAUGUGAACUUUGUUCGAUGGGAUACUUAUGAAUUCUAUGAUGAUGUGACACAAGAAGCAGUCAUUUUUGUUCAACAAUGCUUAAAGAAAUCACCAAAAAAUCGUUUGACAAUUCCGGCAUGUAUUGAACACAAAUGGCUAUCCCUGGCAAGCGUCGCGACAAAUCGUCGUGAGAACGCCAUAUUUUUAACUGAAAAACUUCGAAGAUUUGCAAGUGAUUUCCGACAACGAUGUCGUAGCCAAACCGAAAUUCAACGUGAAACUAUUGUUGAAAUAUCUAAACGAUAA